AUGAAAGGAUAGGUAAAUAUAUUCAUUCUUAAAGUAGUUUCUUUGGGGAUUUAUUUAUAAACCACUUUUUAGAUUCAGAAGUAAACAUUUUGCAAAUAACUUAAGAGCCUACAUUCAAGUUUCUGUAAAGUCCAUUUCAAUUGAAUAAAGAUGAUCUUAUUAAGAAAUCAAUAAAUAUCCCAGAUCAUAAAUUUGAUUUCUCCCCUUUUAUUAAUGCAGAUUCGACCUUCCUAGUCAAUUAACAAAAUAUUUAAACUUUACGUUUAUUAUAAAAAGAUUUUACUUCAGAUCCUCAGAAUCCUGAAAAAGCUUACAAAUAUGUGAGAUAAUUAAAUCGUAUGUAAAUGUAUGAAGAAGCACUUUAAAUAUUCAAGUAAACAGGUAUCAUAUAUUGGUUGACCUUUAGAUAACUUUAGAGAAAAUGCUACACUUAAAUAACAUUAACAAUUAUAAGAAUAAUAUGGGAUUGCAUUAACUAAUCUGAAAUCUAAUUUAUAUUCUGAUAAACGUAAAUCAAUGAUUUUACCAGGAGUAAUUCAAUUACUUAUAACAGCUGCAAUAAUAUAUCAAAUAUUUUACUAUUUUCAACCUAAUCAAACAAAACCUAAGAAUGAAAAUACAUAAAAAGAAAAUACUGAUUAAGGAGUAGGUAGAAUGGAUCGUUUUUAUAAUAUAUUAAGAAACAAUUAGAGUAUUUAAGAGGAAAAAAACAUUCCUACUCGUUUUAAUGAUGUAUUAGGAAUUGAUGAAUUCAAAGAAGAAUUAGAAGAGAUAGUUGAAUUUUUAAAGAAUCCAAAAAAAUACACUGAUUCAGGAGCUAAAUUACCAAAAGGAAUUCUAUUAGUAGGACCUCCAGGAACAGGAAAAACUCUAUUGGCAAGAGCAUUAGCUGGUGAAGCUGGAUGUGCAUUCUUUUAUAAAUCAGGAUCUGAAUUCGAUGAGAUGUUUGUUGGUGUUGGAGCUUCAAGAGUGAGAGAUAUAUUUAAAGCAGCAAGAGCAAAAGCACCUGCAAUUAUCUUUAUUGAUGAAAUUGAUAGUAUUGGAGGAAGAAGAAGAGCCUAAGAUCCAGGAUCUUCAAGAGAUACUAUCAAUUAAAUUCUAACAGAAAUGGAUGGAUUUAAAUAGACAGAAAGUGUUAUUGUUAUUGGUGCUACAAAUUUUGAAAAAGUAUUAAGAUUUAUUAUAAUUUUUAGGUCUUAGAUCCAGCUUUAAAAAGACCAGGAAGAUUUGAUAAGAUGAUUCAUGUUCCAUUACCUGAUGUAAAAGGAAGAGAAUAAAUCUUUUCGUAUUAUUUAAAGAAAAUAAAGUUUGAUGAAAAGAAAGUAUUACCUUCAAAUUUGGCCAGACAAACAAGUGGAUUCAGUGGGGCUGAUAUACAAAAUAUGGUCAAUGUAGCAAUUUUAAAUGCAAUAAAAAAUGAGAGAUAGAUUGCUAUUACUGAAGAUUUUGAAUUUGCUAUUGAUAGAAUAUCAAUGGGAAUAGGUAGAAAAAAUAUGCAUGUGAGUGAUAAAGAAAAAUUAAUGACAGCAUAUCAUGAAGGAGGACAUGCACUAACUAGUUUAUUAACAGAUGGAGCUAUGCCAUUACAUAAAGUAACAAUAUUGCCUAGAGGAGGAGCCUUAGGAUUUGUAUAUAUUUUGUUUGACUUUCCUAAUAGACAGCUAUGUUGCCAGAGAAGGAUCAAUUGAAUUAUACAAGGAAAGGAAUUAUUGCAUCUAUUGAUGUUGCUAUGGGAGGGAGAGCUGCAGAAGAUCUCUUUCUUGGAAAGGAUGAUAUUACUAGUGGAUGUAGCAAUGACUUAGCUAAAGCAACUGAUUUGGCUUAUAUGUUUGUAAAGUAAUUAGGAAUGGAUGAUAAGAUUUCUUUGAUUUCAAUACAAAGUGAUAGAGUGAAGACUAGUGAUCAAUUUGAUUACAUGGUUGAUAUGGAAGUCAAGAAGAUAUUAGAAGUAUAUUAUAAAUAUAGAAUAAGGAAUCUUAUAAUAGAGUCAAAACAUUAUUAAAAACAAAUGAAAAUAAACUCAAAGAGUUGGCUACAGAAUUAGUAAAGAAGGAAACAUUAUCGGCUGAAGAAAUUAGAAAGCUUUUACAUAUCAAAUGA